GGAGGAUGCGAGGUGGGACAUUCUGGGAUCAUCGCGACACUUUGGGCCUGGCGACCGUGGUAUGCAGGGCUGGCAGGGCAGGUCGGGAAGGCCGUCUGCAAAUCUUGCUACCUAGUGGGAAGAUGAGGGCCAGAAACAUGGCCGCGUCAAGUAUUGUGAAUAUAAUGCAACGCUUGCGUGCGAAAUAGGUCAACAAAAAGCAUAUGCCGCACCAGGCAGAGCGAAUCCGAAGCAGACCGGUCCCAGACUGAUUCCUAGUUCGUUCAAGUCGGUUCGGACUUGUUAGCAUUUGCAUUAUGUGUCGGGUUCUUCUGCGCCGGCCGCAAGCUCCGAACAGGUGUGUUCUGUCAGAAUGCGAUCGAGGGGGCUCAGCAAGAUUUGGACCUUACUAUCGAUGCCCAGCUCAAAGGGAAGCAGCAACACGUUGAGCGCCUGGCGUUGCUGUUUCAGGAGAUGAAUGCGGACACCGAUGCAUUGGGUGAUGGGCUGACAGUAGACGAGCUUCAUUUUCAGCUGUCCAAGCCAAAAGUGCAGUCAUGGUUCCAGUCCCUGGACGUCGACACAAAACAGACUUGGAAAUUGUUCAAAAUGAUCGACGCUGACAACUCGGGCCGCGUCUCCCUCGAGGAGUUCGUCGAAGGGUGCUUGCGGUUGCGGGGAUCGGCCACACGCGUCGAUGUGGAGUCGCUGAAGUGGGAGAUCAGGAGGGCGAACCAUGGCGUAGACAAGGCUGCCGAGAGGCUUGCUGGGGUGGCGGAAGACGUCCAAGAGCUGAGGAGGGCCGCGGGUCUGUUGCGGGAGUAGCUCUUGCCCCCGAAGCAGCGACGCUCCAGGUACCGGCCGCAGCGCCGCCGCACGGGGGCGCGGCCGGCCACGGCCUUCUUCAGCGAGGCGCGCCGAGCAAUUCCGGAGCUUGGCUGCCUCGAUACGCCCCUUUUGAAAGCCAUCACGUGCCGUGCUCAAAUGCCCGUGUCAAUACAGUGCGUGUUGGCUCGACGUAUUGGCCCACGUGUUGGCGAACGUAUCGAGCCAGAUCUCCGUUUUCGGUCGACGUGUUGAGCUCCGUCUCCAUACGCUGCGUUUUGCGUGAUGCGUUCAGUGAUUGCGCGCAUCAAGAAGCCAUACGCUUUUCGUCAGGGCAUCCUGGGUUUCUUCGCUCCGCGAGCUGCGCGGUGACUUCCCGCAGUCGUUGAAGAUGCUGCUGCGUGCAGGGUGCUCUGGGUUUCCCCUCCGGUGCACCUCGCGCGCGGGUGUGCAGGGUUGGGCUUCUUGCGAGGGUCCCUCGCGCUUUGCCCGCACCGUACCGGAGCAGCCACAGCCGGCCCGGAUCAGUAGAUCGACCCUGCCAGUUCAAGGGCACCCUUGUGUCCUAUGCCUCGCGACACGUACCUCCCUGCCUUCCUGUGGCAAUGCAGCCCUCGGAAGGGCCUCGUGUGCAUACUCUCGCGCGUCCUGCCCAACCCAGUCCGACUGCGCGCGCCCAGAGCAGCCCCGCGCCUCACCAGCGCGGCGGGCUCCGCCUGCCGAGGGGGGGCCCAGUGCCCGCCACGCGGCCUCGCCGGGGCGGUCCGCCGGGC